GUCGAGCCCGGGCGGAGGUGGGAAGGUGACCCGACCUCUGGACUUCCCCAUCAGCUCCUUUCCCCUUUAUUGGGUCAGGGGUCCCUUUGCAUGUGGGAGCUAGGACCUCCACCGGUCCCUUCUUUGGAGGAAGGGGGUGUGUCGACUUGGGCGUUUGAGGCUCUUGAGCUCCCUUCCUCUUGCUUUGCUCAAGGGGGUCCUCCCCGGGGGGCGUUAUCCUGUGGGUGUUAAAGUCCUCUGGACUGUGGACCCGGGAAAGGGAGAUGAGUGAUGGGGAUGUGAGAUUUGUGGACUCUGCCCUCUCCAAGGAGUUAAGACACUUCGCGAGGUGCGGCCGCAGGUAGUGCGAGGUGGAGGAGCCCAGGACUCAGAUUAUUGAGGACACAGGAGCAAGCUUGAGGCAACACCUGACAGACAUGUGGAAUCCCAAUGCCGGGCAUCCAGGGCCAAAUUGGUAUCCCCCCAACGUGGGGUGCCCAGGAUGUUCCAGUCAUGCCUAUCCCCCACCUGGCCAUCCAGCCUUUCCUCCUGGCACAUGUCCCCCACCCCCAGGGCCAAAUCCGGGUUUCCCUCCCGGUGGGCCCCAUUGGCCUGUGCCACAUCCUGGACAUCCAGGACGCAGAUGGCGACCCUCAGGUCCCCAUCAUCAUCCAUACCCACCACCUCCACCUGGCAUGUGUCCCAUGAAUCCCCUGGCUCCAGGCAUGGUAGGCCCAAGGGACAAGAAGAUGUGGAAGAAAUUGAAGAAGGCUCAUAAAAAGAUGCACAAACACCACAAGCAUGGCAAGCAUUCCUCCUCCUCUUCCUCUUCCAGCAGUGACUCUGACUGAAAACAGGGCCUGGACCAUCCCCUCCAGACUCAACAGUUCUGCUCUCCCACCAAGCUUCAGCUGCAGUGUUGUACUGAGGAAAAUUAGCCCUCUGCUCCCCACCCCACUCCCACCUGAGCCUUACCCUGCUGUUCAGCCCUGCCUGGCUAGAGAACAUGGAAAGAGGAUUGUAAUGGGCUGGCUAGCCAUGCUUGCCUUCUCCCUGCUUGCUAGAUCUUGUAUCUGAAGAGUUUAGCAGAGAAGCUGGUUUUUGAAGAUGGUAAAGACAAGUUUAAAAUCUGUAAAAUGUGAUUUUCUUUUCAUUUCCUUUUGUAAUACUUGUGGUUGGGAGAUUCUGUGGAAAUACCAUGAUGAUGAAAAACUUGUACUUUUUGGUAAUGAUUGUACACUAGGGUGAUUUAGUGGCAUAUUAUUCCCAGCAGGCCUUUAUUGAUCACAGUGACCGCAAGGCUGUUGGGAAGUAGAGUCCAUUUGGUUGAUGAGCUCUUUUGGAACCUAGUCUGUACUCCUUAGUUCAAUAUGCAGUCUCAGGUCCUACUCUCAUUCUCCAACUCUCGAGUCCAAAUAAAGCUGUUUUUCAUCUCUGUUCA